AAAAAGCCCACUUCAAAUGUCAAAAUCCCCGAAGACCUCCUCUGCGCCGCCGCCGCCUCCGGCCGACACCGACGCGUCAAAUCCCUCCUCUCCUCCGGCGCCGACCCCUCCCACUUCGACUCUCCGGCCUCACCCCCCUCAUGCACGCCGCCCUCCACGACCGCUCCGCCGCCGCCGACCUCCUCCUCUCCGCCGGCGCCCCAUCGGUGAUGAUGGCGUGGGAGGGGCCGCUGAUGGAGGCGCACGCGAGGGCGGUGUGCAGCAAUGGGGGGAGGGUUUUGAAUGUGGGGUUUGGGAUGGGGAUGGUGGACGAGGCGAUCCAGAAGUACGAGGGGGUGACGGAGCAUACGAUCGUGGAGGCGCACCCGGAGGUUUAUGACAGGAUGAUGAAGUCCGGGUGGGGGGAGAAGAAGAAUGUGAAGGUUGUGUUCGGGAGGUGGCAGGACGUGAUAUCGCAGCUCGGGUCUUUUGAUGGAAUAUUUUUUGACACAUAUGGGGAAUACUAUGAAGACCUGAGGGAAUUCCAUCAGCAUCUUCCCAAGCUCCUAAAGCCUGGAGGAAUCUAUUCAUACUUCAAUGGGCUUUGUGGCGGUAAUGCAUUUUUCCAUGUGGUUUACUGUCAGUUAGUUGCUUUAGAACUUGGUAAUUUAGGGUACUCGACACAAUUCAUUCCUUUGCCUGUUAAGGAAUGCUUGGCCGAGAAUAUAUGGGAGGGUGUGAAACAUAAAUACUGGCAGCUAGACACAUACUACCUCCCUGUAUGCCAAUCAGCUUUGGAUUCUGAUUGAUUUUCAACACUUAAAUUGGAUUUUUUUGAUGUUUGAGCUUUUUUUCUAUCAGAGAUGUACUAUGCAAAACUCGAAAGAAGUCUAGUAUAAGAUUAUUUCUAAAAGAUUCUCUCUGUGUGUUUCCUUUCAUAAUGGUCAGUGUGUAUUAAGACAUCAUGUAACCAUUCUCUAAGCCUCACCGUAUUCUUACAA